AAUUCUAUCGUGAACCCUUUUCAGAUUAUUUGGAGUUUGAAUCACCGGCACCGCCCUUCAAGUCCAGGCUUUAGCUUCUCUGCUUGCGGGCGGGCAGUUCUGCAUUCCAAACUCCCAACACCGUUAAAGUCCCUUGUGACCAAAGUGCUGAAACCGAAUGCAAAACCUUGUUCCCCGACUACGUUUUAUGGAGAUCCUUUCAUGGCGAAAGGUUUCUUGUCUUCGAGCAUCUUCAAUGGCAGAUUACCCCAACCAGUCCCGUGGUGGUCUCCCUCGCUUCUACUCCGACGUUCUUCCCCCUUGCAAGGGUAACAUUGUUCGAGUACUAGGUGAUGAGUUUUGGCAUAUAACGAAGGUCUUGAGAAUGGGAGUGAAUGAUAGGAUAGAGCUCUUCAAUGGGUCAGGAGGUCUAGUCAAAGGUUGCAUACAAAGGAUUGAUCGAACUGGGCUGGAUUUCAUGGCUUUAGAAGACCCCAAAGUAAUUAUUUCCAAAAGCACUCAGUGGCAUGUGUUUGCAGCUUUUGGUAGUCUGAAGGGCGGUCGUGCAGACUGGCUUGUCGAAAAAUGCACGGAGCUGGGAGCUAGCGCUGUAACACCUCUACUAACUGAACGUUCUCCAUCAAUCACAGACAAUCGAGUUGAAAGAUUACAGCGGGUGAUUCUAGCUUCAGUUAAACAAUCUCAACGGUUGCAUCAGUUGACUCUGAAUUCCCCAAUAAAAGUUGGCUGCCUUUUACCUAUUGUUGGCCAGUCAAAUCUUUCAUUUGUUGCGGCAGCAGAAGCAACACCUCUUAUCAGUGCCCUUAACUUCUCCAGAAAAGAAUCUAGUGGAUUGAUAAUAAUUGGACCAGAAGGGGACUUUACUGAGGAGGAGGUGAAGAUGAUGACCGAUGCAGGUGCUACUGCUGUAGGUCUUGGACCACAUCGUUUACGAGUUGAGACUGCAGCAAUGGCACUUUUGGCAACUCUGAUGUUAUGGUCUGACGCUCAGCAAUCACAAGAUCCUUAAAAUGUUUCUGGGUAAAUUCCUUGAAACUCUCAUUUGGUCUUUUGGAGCCCUUGAAAAAUCCAGGAAUUCUGAGAAUUCUGUUCAUUCCCCACCCCCCCACACCCAAAAAAGAGAAUUCUCACUGAAAUGAUUGAUAAAUGUGACUCGGAUCGAAAAUUUUGUUUCCAGGUGUAUGUAGGGGUGGGGUGGGCUGGACUGCACCUUUUAAGAACUUAGAGAUGUAUUUAUAUUGUUAUUUUGGUGGCAUUUCCAUUUUCA